ACAAAGAGCAGAACGUGGGAGGGGUUACAAACAAAGCAAUUAUUCAUUCACUACAAGUAUUAUUGAAUUGAAGUUAAAAUCAAGCAUGGAAAUUUCCAGAAGAGAAAAACUUAAUAUUCAAUUCAUGCUAUUAAUUCAACCAUUAUCUAAUCCAAUUACAACUACACAAUACAGUAUGAGUCGAACAGUCGCUACUGCAAAACCAAAACAGAAAAAGUUGAGUUGGUUGUUACUGCUUCACUAUUACUACAAACAUCAUGGCCUAGGGGAGACGGAGGUGUACCUGCACGCUGACAAUUGCACGGGUCAAAACAAAAACAGCUGCAUGAUACACUACCUUUAUUGGCGUUGUAUGACAGGACGGCACACGAAGGCCACAAUCUCGUUCAUGGUUGUCGGCCACACAAAGUUCGCUCCAGAUUGGUGCUUUGGUCUUUUAAAACAGCGGUAUAGAAGAACAAGAAUUGGCUGUCUCACAGAUAUUGCUACCGUUGUCAACCAGUCUGCAGUCUGCAAUGUCUCCCAGCUUGUUACCAGAGAGGACGGGACAACAGUUGUACCUGUGUAUGAUUGGACCAGUUUUUUUGCUGUCCGGAUGAAGAAACUGACUGGCAUCGAAAAGUUUCACCACUUUUACUUCGAUUCGAAAUACGAGUUGCUGAAACAGCCUUGGACUCCUGAUCCUCAAACACUUCCCGACAAAGUUCCACCAAGAGGGCUCUCAAGUGAACGUCAGUGGUACUUAUACAAAAAAAUCCGUCCGUUCUGUCCCUUUGAAUCCCAAGACGUAACUUGUCCCUUGCCUACCGCAUACAUUAAAUGCAGUUAA